UUGUCACCCAAUUUUCUUCAACUUCAACCCAAAUCGAAAAAAAAAAAAAAAAAAAAUCUUCUUUCUUCUCUUUCAUCUCAUCCUUCGAAUCCACACUCUUUCCCCUUUUCCCACAAAGAAAGAAGAAGAAUAAAAGGAAAAAAAAAGGCCAUUUCCAUAGCCAACCAAAAGCUCAUUUCUUUUAAAAAAUGGGUUCCAAAUCCCAAGUCUUAUUGAACCCACAAGCUUUGUUUGAAGAUCAUCAAGAUCAUGAAGUAGCAACAAAUUCUCAAUUGGGUUUCUUCAAUUUCCCUUCAAACUUAACUUUUUUUCAACUUCCUUCAAUCCCUCAAACCCAUUCUCCUUCCCCUCCAUUUGAUCCUCCCAAUUUCUCCACUUCAAAUACUAAUAAUAAUAAUAAUUCCAAUAAUCUCUCUCAAACCCUAAUUUCUUCUUCUCUUUUGCCCCUCAAGCCCUCCAUUUCCUAUGAUUUUGCACCUCAACACCUCCUUUCCUUGCAAACAUCCACUCCAAAUCUAUGGCCAUGGGGAGAAAUUGGAGAGAGGUUGAUGAAUGGGAAGAGAUCAAACAAUGAGAAUCAUCAAUUGGGAGUGUCAAAAAUGAAGAUGAAGAAAAUGAAAGGAAGAAGAAAAGUGAGAGAACCAAGAUUCUCUUUCAAGACCAUGAGCGAUGUUGAUGUUCUUGAUGAUGGUUACAAAUGGCGAAAAUACGGACAGAAAGUGGUAAAAAACACACAACAUCCUAGAAGCUAUUAUCGUUGUACACAAGAUCACUGUAGGGUUAAGAAACGAGUAGAGAGAUUAGCUGAGGAUCCAAGAAUGGUGAUUACAACUUAUGAAGGAAGACAUGUUCAUUCUCCUUCCCAUGAUUCUGAAGACUCUGAAGCUCAAACCCAUCUCAAUAAUUUCUUUUGGUAAUAAUGAAGCAAAAGAGAGGGAAAAAGGAAGCAAAUAGGGUUGAUGGGCCUAUAUGAAUAUUGUUUGUAUUAUUUGUUUGUGUUUUUAUUAGUUAGUAUUUUAGUUUGGGUCUGUUAGGGUAACUUUCUUGUAAUGACUUUGGUUCUUUUGUCCAUCUCUUCUCUUCCCUUCUUGUGUUGGUAAUGUAGGGAAAAGAGAUGGAAAUGAACCUUUGUCAUGUGUGUGCCUUUUUUUUUCUUCUUCUUACUUUUCUCUUCAUUCAAGUACAUUAUGUUUCUUUACUUAUCCAAUGGGAGAGGGGGGAAAAAAAAAGAAA